UAUGGCGGAUGAUGGACAGUCGCUGCAGUCUUGGCUCAAUAAGGCCACUAACACAUCCAACAGAUAUGAGGACUGGGAGUGUAUUAACGGAUUCUGUGACCAAAUCAAUAAGGAGCCAGAAGGACCACAAAUAUCUGUGGGAUUGUUGGGUCAAAAAAUCCAGUCUCCUCAGGAUUGGGAGGUCUUACAAGCCCUGACGGUGCUGGAGGCUUGUAUGAAGAACUGUGGGCAAAGGUUUCACAGUGAAGUUGGACAAUUUAAGUUUUUAAAUAAAUUAGUUAAAGCAAUUUCUCCCAAAUAUCCAGGAGAUCAAGUGUCAAAGAGAGUGAAGGCCAAAGUGAUUGAGAUGCUGUAUGGGUGGACUGUGUCUCUACCAGGAGAAGGAAAGAUCUGUGAAGCAUAUCAGAUGCUGAAGUCUCAGGGUAUCAUCUUGUCUGACCCAGGAACGCCUUGUGAUACAACAUUAAUACCGUCUCCGUCUUCACACCCCAAAAAUCCUGUGUUUGAUGAUGAGAGGAGGAGUAAGAGAUUAGCCGAUCUGCUCCACAACAAAAAGCCCAGGGAUCUGCAAGAGGCCAAUCGGUUCAUCAAGAACUCGGUCAGAGAGGAUGAAGUGAGAGUUCAGGAAAAAACAAGACAAAAAAGCACACUGGAGGCGGUUAACAUCAGUGUCAAUCUCCUUAAUGAGAUGCUUGUUCACUUCAGUCUGGAGACGUCGAGCCCUGCUGACCAGGAGCUGAUUAGGGAGUUGUAUGAGGAUUGUCAGAAGCUCAGACAGGAAGUGUCCCAGCUUGCUGCCAAUAUGGAGGAUAACGACAGCAUCUUAGGAGACAUCCUGCAGGCCAGUGAUGACCUGUCACAUGUCAUUAGUUCGUAUGAAAAGAUGAAAAGGAGAGGACAGACGGAGGGAGAGACCAUAGAAACACACUUCACAUCAGCCACAGGUAGCAGGAACCAGUCCAGAUCUUUGAUUGACUUGGUGGAUCGUGAUGUUCCGUUCUCAUCAGAGAAACUACCCCAGAUUGCCCCCAUGGUUUUUCCAGACACCAUGUUGCUUGGAUUCCCUACUGCUGCUCCUGCUGAUGUCGAGUCUCACUCUAAAAAGAACAUUUCAAACUCUGCAGCGCUCAGUCUGCUUGAUCAAGAUCUACUUUCCUUAGGCCUUAAUGAUCCAGUUGUGAGUACACCACAGGAAAACAAAGGAAGCAUAUUUUUGCCCUCUUUCCAGAAUCCCAAACAGGAUUUGCAUCUUUUUGAGUCCUCUCUACCUUCAGUUUCUACACCUUUAACUUAUGCAAAGCAUCCAGAGGCUUUUCAACCACUCCCCACAGCUGCUCCAUCCUCAAUCUUCUCUGAACCUGUCUUUGCCACUCCACCAGUUUACACAGAGUCAAUCACAGCAUCAUCAGUGAGGUUGCCACAGCCUCUUAGAUCAGCGUUAACCACUCCAGCCCAGACUCCUCUUCCACAGUCACGCGGUGUGGCCAUGCCUGCUUCGACAGCAACCAACCACCUUCUCCAAAGUGCAUCUUCAAUGAGAACUCCACAUUCUCUAUCAACCAGCGUCAACAACAACAGUCUGCAGGACCAUGUCCUGCUAGAUCUGGACCGUCCAAAAAAUCCUGCUGUCUUUUCUGCCACAUCGUCCUCAAUGCUCAUUGGAGAGCAGCAAGAUAGCAUCGACUCCCCACCGGUAAAAAUAUCUCAGGUAGAUGAUUGUCGCCAGCUACACUCUCACACCGGCACUCUGGGCCAGGCAAGUCAGAACAAAGCACAGGACGUGUCCCUGGACAAUGUCCAUGUUUCCUUGGAUGCCAUACAGCCAAGUAAAGUGUGUCCAGUGACGGUCUAUGACAAAAACGGUGUCCAUGUUCUGCUGCAUUUCGGCAGGGACUGUCCACCGGGCAGACCUGACGUUUUGGUGAUAGUCGCCUCCACGUUUAACACAGCUCCGCAGUCUGUGAGGAGCAUUGUUCUGCAGGCAGCGGUGCCAAAGACAAUGAAAGUUAAACUGCAGCAACCGUCGGGGACAGAGCUGGCUCCUUUCAAUCCAGUCCUUCCUCCGCCUGCCAUCACCCAAAUCCUCUUGCUUGCUAAUCCCCUGAAGGAAAGGGUUCGGAUGAGAUACAAACUAACCUUUAUUCUGGGCGAGCAGCUUUUCACAGAGGUUGGUGAGGUGAAGGCAUUUCCUUCUCCUGACAGAUGAGUGGCUCUUCAGCUCAACCUGAACCAAUGACCAUCAAAGCUCUUUGACACAGCUGAUCUUGAGCAAUUCAAUCAUAAGUCCACAUGAGUUCAUAGGAAAUGUAGUUUAUCCACAGUCUGAAGUAAGAAUGCAAUCUGUCUUCAUGGAGGAUUAGUCUAGUAUUGGUCCUCUUCAGUUGAAACACUCUAACCUUCUGGCAUUUCACAGCACUUCCCAAUGUCCACUCUGUUCCUUAUUUGUACCCUCUGCCACAGUAAAACCAUUAAUCCAACUUUAUUACCUAAAAUAGUUUUCACUGGCCAUGCAGCCCGAGCUUGGUUUCUGUUAUAUUUAUAUGCAGUGUUCAAUAGGGAUGCAUUCAGGAAGAAUGUUAACAAGUAAACAGGAACAGUCAUUCCUCACACAACACAUAAGUGAACGGACGACUCGUGAUGCAUGUUCAUUUUUGGUAUAAAUGCCACCUGAAAAGCUUGGUCACAUUGCUUCUAAGUGUAGUUUAGAAUAUUUGGAAAAUGUAUAAGGUACAAACAUUACAUACACAUACACAAAUUUCAGUUGUUUUGAAAGGAGUUUUUCUGCCAAUGAUUUCAGGAGCCUGGCAGAACAGAGAGAAAACCAAGGUUAGUAGGCUGCAGUCGUUUGGACAUGGAAACACAGUCUACCAUUCAAAUGACUUUCUGCUGAGAAUGUAGUAUGAAAAAUGUCAACAUAGACAAAAACCAUGGGACCAGGGCAGACAGAAGCCCUACUGUAGUUGAACAAUAAUUGUGAAUUUCCUCUUGUGGAACUUUACAAAUAACAAACAGGCUUCUUUAGUUUUUUUCCCAGCAGCUCCUAGAUUUACCACUAGGCUUCUUCUGAAUUUCCAUAAAGCCAAAUGACUUAACUACUUCUUACUUUUUAUAAUUGUGUUAUUCAUUUUGGUAGGAGAUAAUAAUACACAACAGUACUCCUGCCACCUAAUGUGCAUGGUAAUAAUGUGUCAAACAUGCAGACUGAUUUGUCAAAUGCCUCCUUUAUUAAGCUAUAAGAGUGGAAUCCUAAUUUGCUAGUUUAUCAUAUUAAAUUAAUUUAUAUAAAUAAAACAUCAACCUUCUCUCUUGACAGAGAGAUUAACUCAUCUAAGAGCUGACUUGGCUCUUAAGUAAAUGUUAUAUUUAACCUUUGGACACAGAGAAGUGCCUUUAAAUGCACUGGUUGCCAGUACAUAUGCUGGGAAGGGAAAAGGGAAACAUGUUGUAUGAUAAUGGUUCUUUAGCAAAUUAGAAAGAUAUUUUAUCAGGAAAAUCUUGUUGAAAAAAACAUGUUGAUGAUAAA